AUGUCAUACUCGGAAUACAAAUCAAAUAGUCUUUCAUUAGAAAUUGAUGAUCAAAGCUAUAGAAAACCAAAAGAACCAGAACUGACCCGACUAAUGUUCGAACCUACUAAUGAUCAUCAAUCCAUCACACCUAUGGCCGAAACCGAAGCACAUUUAUCAAACUCAUCAACCAUAACAAAAAAAAGAAAACAAAAAACCAAAUAUCAAUGUCCAUUUCUUAUACUUUCUUUAAUCAUUACUAUAAUUUGGUUCACGACUACUUUUUUUGAAAGCUUUUUAGUGUUGAUUAGUUCAUCUGUUGGGUUAUGGAAUCCGAAACCUUUUAAUCAAACUGGUUUAUCAAUCUCUUAUCUUGAUGAUCCAAGUCAAUGGACAACUCUACCAAUCCCGAUUCCAAGCCUUCCAAUUCACUACGAAACCAUUCCAUCCAACUCCACUAAUUCUUCUUCUUCCCAUCAACUAGAAGAAAAAGAAGGAUGGACAAUUGUUCUACUUCAUGGCGCAGUGAUGUCCCUCUUACUGAGCCUUAACGUAGAACGACCACCAGCCGGAGUGAUCAUGCUUUCAGGUUUCUUACCUCUUCCAACCCAGCUUCCUCAAAUGAUCUCACCAAACCGAACAGGAAUAAGUUCUCUAUACUGGUUACACGGUGAAAGCGAUCCGUAUUUUCCAAUUUCAAAGGCUCAGAAUGGGUUUGAGUCUUUAGAAAACUUGAAGUUUUUUAAAUCAUCUCGGUUUCAAAGAUUUUCGAAACUUGAUCAUCGGUUUGAUUUGUUUGAAAUUGGAUUUGUGGUUAGAUGGAUUGAACGGGUUGUUGCAGAUUAUCAUCCCUGA